AUGAAAGCAUCCUCCACAGUGAAAAGUGAAUUAGUACCGCUGGCAGCUGAGCUCUCUACAGCAUUCACUGUACUCGAAGAGGCACUUCUUGAAGUGAUGUCCUUUACACUCAGCUCUCCAGCUGCUACUCGUCUACUGGAGACGAUUCUCACUCAGAUGACUGGCAUUCAUAGAGUCGUCAUGAGAGAGAUGCCGAGAACGACAUUAGCACAGUAUUUGGAAGCAGAAGGUGAGUGCUAUCAGUAUUGUUGGAACUUCUUUCUAUGA